CCAGGAGUGGACCAGCAAGACCAUAGGUAGCGGAAGGGUUUGUUCUUGUUCUCCUCCUCCUCCUCCUCCCCACCCCUUAAGGGGCGGUGAUCGUGGCGGAGAGGAAGAAAAGGAUGCCACGGAAGCUGUUGUUGCCUUAUAAAUCUGUUUUUUCUCACUUUCGAGCUCCACGGGGCUUGCAUGACUCUUUGGCGAUGAACGCAGCCAGAAGUGGCUACCGGGUCUUCUCGGCCAACUCCACGGCAGCCUGCACCGAGCUGGCGAAGAGGAUCACGGAGCGUCUCGGUGCUGAGCUGGGGAAAUCUGUGGUGUACCAGGAAACCAAUGGAGAAACAAGAGUUGAAAUAAAAGAAUCUGUCCGCGGACAGGAUGUCUUCAUUAUACAGACAAUCCCCAGAGAUGUGAAUACCGCUGUCAUGGAGCUGCUGAUAAUGGCAUACGCACUGAAGACUUCCUGUGCCAGGAACAUCAUUGGGGUCAUCCCUUACUUCCCCUACAGCAAACAGAGCAAGAUGAGGAAGAGGGGCUCUAUAGUCUGCAAGCUGCUGGCUUCGAUGCUCGCCAAGGCAGGUUUAACACACAUUAUCACUAUGGACCUUCAUCAAAAGGAAAUUCAAGGCUUCUUCAGCUUCCCAGUAGACAACCUGAGAGCAUCCCCUUUCUUGCUUCAGUAUAUACAGGAAGAAAUUCCAGAUUACAGAAACGCGGUUAUUGUAGCCAAAUCUCCUGAUGCAGCUAAAAGGGCUCAGUCUUACGCUGAGAGACUACGGCUGGGACUAGCAGUGAUCCAUGGAGAGGCUCAGUGUACAGAGCAGGACAUGGAUGACGGACGUCACUCCCCUCCGAUGGUCAAAAAUGCAACUGUGCAUCCUGGUCUGGAGCUGCCGUUGAUGAUGGCCAAGGAGAAACCGCCAAUAACUGUGGUUGGAGAUGUUGGAGGAAGAAUUGCCAUCAUCGUGGAUGACAUCAUCGAUGAUGUGGAAAGCUUUGUAGCUGCUGCAGAGAUCCUGAAAGAGCGCGGAGCCUACAAGAUUUUUGUGAUGGCUACUCAUGGGCUCCUGUCAGCAGAUGCUCCCCGUCUCAUAGAGGAAUCCUCCAUUGAUGAGGUGGUAGUAACCAACACCGUUCCUCACGAGGUACAGAAGCUCCAGUGCCCCAAGAUAAAGACUGUGGAUAUCAGUUUGAUUCUUUCUGAAGCCAUCCGACGAAUCCACAACGGCGAGUCCAUGGCCUAUCUCUUUCGCAACAUCACUGUUGAUGACUAGACCUGACUUCCACAAGAGAAGGAAAUGUGCAUGAAAAGGCAAUACCAUAAACUAUAGGCAUAACACAACUGUUUGUUCUUGUAGAAGCGUGAAGGUUUUCAGGGUCUUGACCCAUGAGAUCUAAUGGGGAAAAAAUCAACCUGACCAGCACUUUACAGGUGUAUAGAAGAGGCCACUGGCGAUGGGGAGGAUUGCAUCUUAAUUGAGAGAUGGAGAAAUGAGGCGGUGUGGUGUUGAAUUUUUAAGUUCCUUUAAUUGUUAUUCGGGUUUUUUUGUUUGGUUUUUUUUUUUUUUAGUGUGUUAUCCCUUGCCCUGUAGGGGGGGGAGAAGAAAAGCAAAAAAGAAGUAGCUGUCAGCUUAUGAGAAGGGAAUAGUGAGUGCUCAUUGCUGUGUGUGGGCAGCAAAAGGAGACAGCCUUUGGGUUUCUGUUUCUGAAUGUGACUUGCUUGAGAGCACAGAAGGAAGCGCUUCGUUCACGCAGCUGGGCUGAACUGCUUGCUGCUGGCAGAGCUAGCUGAGCAGCAGAGCAGCUCCUUGCCAAUUGAGUGGCCUCUCAUCUCUUGCACAGCAUAGGAAGGACUUUCAUCAAAACUAAGUUAGCGGAACAUCCAGAAAGGGCAGUUUAGGGCAACCCAUUCAUAGGGCUACUCGCAUCCUUGUGUCAGGGCGCUGGGAACAAGCUCACAUGUGUCUCCCAGCAGGACAAGGGAUGGUAGUUAAUGUGCUGGUCUUUUCAUUUUGCCAGUCUUGGAUCAUUAUUGUUCUUCAGUGGCAAGUAACAGGUCUAGGUCCUCACUUGAACACUUGUCUGCAGUGCAAAACCAGGCGUGACUUCUGGAAGUGCCUGGGGCUGAUGAGUUGUGGCAAUCUCAUAGGGAAAGGGAGCUGGAACAAUCUCUGCCUCUAAUGCAGCUGUGCUCUCCAAAACACUAACACUGAACCUGCAAUAAAAAGCAUAGGACUUCUCAUUUUUGGUGCUUUCCGUGAACCCUGUGCCCUCUGAACAGCUGCUGUGUCUGUACUGUAGGACUGUUGCUGUAACCAUGCACACUUGGCAGCUUGCAGCCUUCUUCCACGGGGAAGUAGGACUUGCUGCUUGCUCCUUUUUUGAGUGACGCUAAUCCUUGGCUGGAGGGGAUGCUUGAGAAAGCAGCACAAGGUGCUUGUGAGGGGCUGUGUCUCCAGGAUGAUAGAAGAAUAAAUUCUCAAACUGUGAUCUUCCCCCUUGAUGAGGCAGGCAAACACACUCCGGUAAAACCUAUACCACUUUCUAAGCCUGCUGGUGGGAUAACGAAUCCUGCUGGAGGCAGUUGCUUCAGAAGAGCGCUGCUGAUGAUGGGCUGUCUCUAGCAGGCAGCUGUUUGGUUUUGUUUAUCCUUCAACUUCUGCCUACGUCCUUCUCUUCCACUCCAGCAUCUAAGAUGUGGAUGGUGCCAAGGGGCAGGCAGUGACGCUGUGAGCAGGACAAGCUUUGAACACCAGGCAGACAAGCGUGCCUUGGCUUGGGGGAGUUUGUCUUGCAGAACAGCAUCCUGUCUUGUAGCCAGUGAGGGUGCAUGAAAGCUCAGAGUGGUUUGGUCUUCUCCAGUAUCCGGCACAGAUUAACCCUCCCAAGCCAAAUCCCACAAAGGGUGUGCAGGGCUGGAUGAGGUCUUAAGGCUGCUGAUGGCUUUCCAUCCCUAGAGGUGUCCUUUCCAAUCCCUGGAGGUGUUCAGGGCCAGGCUGGAUGGGGCUUUGAGAAACCUGGUCUAGUGGGAGGUGUCCUUGGUUGGAACUAGAUGAUUUUCAAGGUCCCUUCCAACUCUAACCAUUCUAUGGGUUUUUUUGUGCAUUUUCAAAAUACUACCAACAGACCACAGCUGUACUUUGUAACCACCGCGUGGCUCCUCGGCCCGGUGCUGUAACACACUACUGUGCUGUAAGUAUUACUGAAUGGAUUGACUGAAGUGUGUGAAGUCCUUGCAGAUGCCUGUUAGCUGCCUUGUUCUGAGCCAGUACCACACCAUGCUCUUCAUACUGGAAGCCAGUGUUAAAAAUCUGAGUAGUAUUGCUCUUCUCUCCCCUUCAAACUGCUUGUCAGACCGGCCAGAAGCAAGGUCAGGGCUUCUUGAGUGCUGUUGCCCUGUUCAGGCUUGCUUUUACUGGGCUGUAUUUGUGUAGAAACCAUGGAACCACGGCACCAGUGAGCAGAGAGUUGUGCUGGUGUCCCCUGGGUCGUGCUCGGGACCACAGCCUGAGUUAUCCUUCUUGUACCUGAAGCCAAAAGCAGUUGGCUAAACUGAAGCCAGGAGAUGUUCCUGUCUCAGCAUGCUUAACUGCUUUAGGAAAACUGGUAUCCUGUAUUCAGGGGGCCCCCAAAGGUCAUGGGGAGAUGGUGGGUUGAGGCCGGUGUACACUAAGACGCAGCGCCUGCCUUACGUGGCCUGGUUUGGACCUAGGCUGCCGUCACAUCAGCAUCAAAUCUGGUCUCUCAUUUUGCCUUCUGCCCUGAGAUUCACCCCUUGCUGUUGCUGUACCACUGUGCUGAUGUGGCCGUGUGCCAUUUUAGGGGUCUUGGAGCUUCUCCUGCCAGUUCGUGAGUGCUGUCUAGAAAGUUUGAGCAGUCCCGGGGUGUAGCUGUAGAGCUCCUGAGCCGGCAGCUCUGCUAGUUCUGGAGUUAAGGCUUAGGAUCCCUUUUAUAAAAGGGUUAGCUUCUUGCCUCAGUGCAUCUUGUUCUCAUCUCUUAAUCUCUCUACUCCCUCUUUGAACUCAAUCCUCCCAGCUUGGAAAAGAUAAAUAUACACACACAGAGCAGAUCUAUGUGCUUUUGUUUUAAUGCCUGAAAACGGAUCUCUUGUGUCUUUUCAAAGUGCAAGGUGUCUGUUCUGUUUCCUGUUUACCCACUCUCUUGGAAAUUGUCUUGGAGUGCCUCGCCGCAGGAGGGAGAUGUCAGUGCUCUGACUGUGGGAUGGUCGGACUUGGAGUGUUAUAAGGGAAAAGAAGUUCUUGUUGAUUCUUUUUGUAAAUGCUUGUCUGAUGUAUCACUCGGGUUCAAAGACUUUCCCAGUGUCUGAGCGCUUCCUAGGGUUGUCUGGAAGCACGUGCUUUAUCUGCGUUUCUUCUUCCCUGCUUAUACGGCGCUCUGCUUUGGAGCAAGAUGCUAGAAAGCCAUGUGUUGAUGCUGUUAGCAGCAGCCUUCCACCAUUUCCACGUCUAAGGGAGAGGGCAAAAUCUGUCAUGCUUUUCAAUACCUCAAAAAAAAAAAAAAAUAAAUUGGGAUGCUUCCUUGG